AACAGAUUUCACAUUUUGACUUUUUUUUUCCCGGUGCUGAGAUCCGAUUUCUCGCCGCGAAUUGCACCGUUGAUUUCAAUCGAAUUUCCUUUGGAACAUGAAGCUGAUGAUCGUAGUGUGAUGCAGUUGCUAGCUACGGUGGAUUGAUGCUAGAAUAGAGAUAUUUGAUGCGGUUUUAUUCUAAAGGUUGAACAAUGCUCGAGAAUCAAUCCUCAGAGUUUAGUGAGAACGGUGGAGAUGAGAGCACACGACAGCUUUGUGCAAAUGGACUAUUCAUGAAAACAACUGAAGUUGAAGCAAAGCUUGAUGAAGGAAACAUCCAAGAAGCUGAGUCCUCUUUGAGAGAAGGCUUAUCACUCAACUCCGAGGAAGCAAGAGCACUUCUUGGAAGACUUGAGUACCAAAGAGGCAAUCUAGAAGGCGCGCUUCGUGUCUUUGAAGGUAUUGAUCUUCAAGCAGCCAUCCAGAGGAUACAAGUCUCUGCUCCUCCCCCUGAGAAGCCAGUUACUAAGAAAAACCGUCCUCGUGAGCCACCGCAACAAUCAGUUUCACAGCAUGCUGCUAGCUUAUUGCUUGAAGCUAUCUACUUGAAAGCCAAGUCACUUCAAAAGCUUGGGAGAACAACCGAGGCUGCACGAGAAUGCAAAAGCGUUCUUGAUUCCGUCGAGAAAAUCUUCCAGCAAGGUAUAUCUGAUGCUCAAGUUGACACAAGACUUCAAGAAACCGUUAGCCACGCCGUGGAGUUACUCCCUGCUCUAUAUAAAGAGUCUGGUGAUUAUCAAGAAGCUAUAUCUGCUUAUAGACGUGCGCUUUUAAGCCAAUGGAAUCUUGAUAACGACUCUUGUGCAAGGAUACAGAAAGAUUUUGCAGUCUUUCUUCUACAUUCCGGUGUAGAAGCGAGUCCACCGAGCUUAGCUUCUCAGGUGGAAGGCUCUUACAUACCUAGAAACAACUUAGAAGAAGCCAUUCUUCUUCUCAUGAUUCUUGUCAAGAAGUUCAACACCGGGAAAGCGAAAUGGGAUCCGUCGGUGAUCGAACACCUUACCUUUGGGUUAUCUUUAUGUAGUCAGACCUCUGUACUCGCCAAGCAGUUUGAAGAAGUGAUGCCUGGUGUGUUCAGCCGUGUUGAGCGUUGGAACAACUUGGCGCUUUGUUAUAGCGCAGCUGGUCAAAACAGUGCUUCUGUUAACCUUCUUAGAAAGUCUCUGCAUAAGCAUGAGCAACCUGAUGAUCUCGCUGCGCUUUUGCUAGCUGCUAAGCUUUGCAGUGAAGAGCCUUCUUUAGCUGCAGAAGGCGCGGGCUACGCGGAGAGAGCGGUAAACAAUGCUCAAGGGAUGGAUGAGCAUUUGAAGGGUGUUGGUUUGAGAAUGUUGGGACUUUGUUUAGGGAAGCAAGCUAAAGUCCCCACGUCGGAUUUUGAAAGAUCUAGGCUUCAGUCUGAAUCAUUAAAAGCAUUAGAUGGAGCUAUAGCUUUUGAGCAUAACAAUCCUGACUUGAUAUUUGAGUUAGGUGUUCAAUACGCUGAGCAAAGGAACUUGAAAGCUGCGUCUCGUUACGCCAAAGAGUUCAUUGAUGUAACUGGAGGGUCGGUGUUGAAAGGUUGGAGGUUUCUGGCUCUUGUCUUGUCUGCUCAGCAACGGUUUUCAGAAGCUGAGGUUGUGACUGAUGCUGCUUUAGAUGAAACUGCUAAGUGGGAUCAAGGGCCUUUGUUGAGACUUAAGGCAAAGCUGAAAAUCUCUCAGUCUAAUCCGACAGAAGCAGUUGAGACUUACCGUUACCUUCUAGCUUUGGUUCAAGCUCAGAGGAAAUCUUUUGGACCUCUCAGAACUAUUUCUCAGAUGGAGGAAGACAAAGUUAAUGAGUUUGAAGUAUGGCAUGGCUUAGCUUACCUUUACUCAAGCCUUUCGCAUUGGAACGAUGUAGAAGUCUGUCUGAAGAAAGCCGGCGAGCUGAAACAAUACUCUGCUUCAAUGCUGCACACAGAAGGUCGAAUGUGGGAAGGAAGAAAGGAGUUUAAACCGGCUUUAGCUGCUUUCUUAGAUGGUUUAUUACUAGACGAAUCAUCGGUACCUUGCAAAGUAGCCGUUGGAGCGUUGUUGUGUGAAAGAGGGAAAGAUCAUCAACCUACACUUCCUGUUGCGAGAAGCUUGCUGUCUGAUGCGUUGAGGAUUGAUCCGACAAACAGAAGAGCUUGGUAUUACUUAGGAAUGGUUCAUAAACACGAUGGACGUAUAGCUGAUGCAACUGAUUGCUUCCAAGCUGCUUCAAUGCUAGAAGAAUCUGAUCCUAUUGAAAGCUUCUCAACCAUUCUUUAAGCAUUACCAAAACCAAUUUUUUACACAGAUUUAUUAUUGUUUCAUUAUUAAUAUGUAAAAUUAACCUUUUAAUUUCUUCAAACUAAAUGGUUUUGAACCACACACUGAACAAUUUCAAAAGAA